AUGAAAGAUUACUUCGACGAGAAUUGCACAUAUCCACUGGAGUACUUUCACAGGCCAUUCAGGAUGCGACGAGAACUUUUUCUUCGUAUUCUUAAUGAUAUCAAAACUUAUGAUGACUACUUUGUCCAAAAAAAGGAUGCGACUGGUCGUCUGGGGUUGUCUUCUAUACAGAAGAUGACAAUUGUUGUCCGUAUACUCGCAUAUGGUUGUGCAGCUGAUUACUAUGAUGAGUAUAUUAAAAUCAGCGAGAGCACUGCUAUUAAAUGCUUGAAGGCAUUUUGUAAUGCUAUUGUUGCUGUUAUUCCAGCCACUCACAGUAAGCUCAAUGUUUACAAGCAGGUUUGGAUUUAUGAGGAUGCUGAUGAUGAUUCAAAUAUGUAUGUUCACCAUGAUAUCGUCAUUCCAGCAUUUCCCCUGUGCAUAACAUGGCUUGAUUGCCCACUUAAAGGGUGGAGAUAA